AUGUCUAAAACCAAUGGGCUUAGGAGAGAAAUUUCUGAGUUUAGACAAAGUGAAAGCGAACAAUUUUACGAAAGUUGGGAAAGGUUCAAAGACCUUACUCUUAAAUGUCCCCACCAUGGUUUUGAAAAAUGGCGAUUGGUUCAAUCCUUCUACAAUGGGCUAACUCAGACUAGUCGCAAUAUGAUUGAAUCUAUGAAUAGAGGAGCUUUCUUACAACUUAGGGAAGUUGCAGCUUAUGAAUUCCUUGAGAACUUAUCCGUGAAUUCUCAACAAUGGGAUUUUUCCAACACCCUUGAUAAGCAAAUUAGGGAACCUAAGAAAGGAGGGAUGUAUGAAGUCAGAAGCGAUUCUGAUCUCGGGAUUAAAAUAGAGAGUUUGACCCGUAAAGUUGAGGCUCUAGCAUUGAGCCAAAACAUGAACUCUGUCAACAAAAUCCACACUGAGAUUUGCUCUUUGUGUUGUAGCCCAACGCAUUCAGAACAAACAUGUCCUUCUAGUCAUGGUUAUGCUGAGAACAAUGAACAGGCAAAUGCACUCAAUUAUUAUAGGAACCAGUUUCCUAGUCCAUUUUCUGAAACAUACAAUCCAAAUUGGAGGAAUCACCCAAAUUUCUCUUGGAGGUCAAAUCAACCUCAAAAUUCUGGAGGAAACCCAUCUCAAAAUAAUCAGUUAUGUCAACCUCCUGUCCCUCAGCCCACUCCACAGUUUGUUGCAACACAGCAACAACAAUCAUCUUCUUUGGAGGAUUCAAUCCAAAAGUUCAUGCAAUUAACUGGUCAGGCUAUUAAUGAUGUCAAAGCUUCCACCCAACAAAAUACUCAAGCCAUUUCGAAGUUAGAACAACAAAUAGGCCAGUUAGCAACUGUUGUGGGAGAGAGAGAGAAAGGUAAGUUUCCUAGUCAGACUGUGCCGAAUCCAAAAGGUCAGUUUGUGAUUAAUAACCCAUCAAGUUCUCCAAAUUCUAAUGAACAUGUUCAAUCCAUCACCACUCUUAGAUCUGGGAAACAUAUUGGUAAUCAAGAUUUAGAGCCACACUUGAGUGAUAAGAAUGAGUUAAUAGAUGUAGAAACACAAAAGUCUAAUGAGAGUCAUCCUCAUGCAUUAUCAUCAACUCCAUUUGAUCCACCUAGGAAUUUCAUUUCAAAAGCUCCAUUUCCUCACCGGUUAGCAAAUUCAAAGAAGAGUGCACAGUUUGGUGAUAUCCUAGAGGUGUUUAAGCAAGUUCAAAUCAACAUCCCAUUCCUAGAUGCAAUCAAUCAAAUUCCUUCCUAUGCUAAGUUCUUAAAAGAUCUUUGUACAUUCAAGAGGAAGACAAAUGUUUCAAAGAAAGCCUUUCUAACUGAGCAUAUCAGUUCCAUCAUAGAGAAUAGGAUUCCUAUCAAGUACAAGGACCCCGGUUGUCCUACCAUUGCUUGCAUGAUAGGUGAUCACCAUAUUGAAACGGCUUUGUUAGACUUAGGGGCAAGUGUGAAUUUAUUGCCAUACUCAAUGUAUAAGCAAUUAGGCUUAGGAGAGAUUAAACCAACUCGGGUAUCUCUCUCUUUAGCUGACAGAUCUGUGAAAAUCCCUAGAGGCAUUGUUGAAGAUGUUUUGAUCAAAGUUGAUAAAUUCUACUUUCCUGUAGAUUUCAUUAUCCUAGAUACACAACCUGUUCCUUCAGGACAAAAACAAAUUCCAGUCAUCUUAGGCCGUCCAUUCCUUGCCACAU